AUGACAUCUGCCAGACGCCGUCCUGCAGUACGGCCACGUGACCGCGCCUCUUCCCGCACCAAAAUCUUUCCCAUCGCUCUGAUCCAACUCCACUUUUCAAUGAAGGAGGUGGUUGUCGACGUGGCGCCCAAAUGCAUUAAAGGGCUCGAGUUUUCUGCGUUGUCGGCGCGCGACAUUGUCGCCCAGUCCGAAGUCGAAAUCACCACGCGAGACUUGUACGAUUUGGAAAAGGGCAGAAGUGUGCGAGAAGGCGGCGCUUUGGACACAAAAAUGGGUACCUCCACCAACGCUGUCGAGUGUAGUACAUGCCACGGCAACUUGGCCACGUGCCACGGCCACUUUGGCCAUGUGAGAUUGGCCUUGCCCGUUUUCCACGUGGGCUACUUCAAGGCCAUCAUCCUGGUGCUUCAGUGCAUCUGCAAGAACUGUGCGGCGGUGCUUUUAGACGAGCAGACAAAGCGGGCGUUUUUGCUGGACUUGCGCCGGCCCAACAUCGACAACUUGCGCCGCAUGAAGGUGCUCAAGAAGGUUGUGGAGCAGUGCAAAAAGCAAAGACGCUGCUUGAAGUGCCACCACGUCAACGGUGUGGUGAAAAAGGCCGCUUCCGGUGCCGGCCCUGCUGCCUUGAAAAUCUUGCACGACACCUUCCGGUACGUGGGCAAAAAGUCUGCGCCGGAGAAAGACUUGUGGGACCGCGAGUUCGACGAGGUGUUCCACCGCAACCCAGAGCUCGAAAAAUUCGCCAAACGUGUGCACGAGGACUUGAAUCCGCUCAAAGUGCUCAACUUGUUUCGCCAGAUCACACCGCAGGACUGCGAGCUUUUUGGCAUUGACGCCGCCCGCGGCGGAAGACCGGAAAUGUACAUCUGGAGAUACUUGCCUGCGCCGCCAGUGUGUAUCCGUCCUUCGGUGAUGAUGGACAAUCAGUCGAACGAGGAUGAUCUCACUGUGAAAUUAACCGAGAUUGUGUGGACGUCGUCACUUAUCAAGGCCGGUAUCGAAAAAGGUAUUUCCAUCAACAACAUGAUGGAACAGUGGGACUACUUGCAGUUGUCUGUGGCCAUGUACAUCAACUCCGACUCGGCCAACCCGGCGUUGCUUCCCGGUGGAAUGGGAGGGUCGGGCUCGAAAAGCAGUAAGCCGAUCCGUGGUUUUUGCCAGAGAUUGAAAGGUAAACAGGGUCGUUUCCGUGGUAACUUGUCUGGUAAAAGAGUGGAUUUUUCGGGCCGUACAGUUAUUUCUCCCGAUCCAAACUUGCGUAUUGAUGAAGUGGCCGUGCCAGAUCGUGUGGCGAAAAUCUUGACCUAUCCUGAAAAGUGUACACGCUACAAUAGACAGAAGCUUCAAAAAUUGAUCUUGAACGGACCUACUGUGCAUCCAGGUGCGAACUACGUCUUGAAACAGAACGAAGUGGCAAAAAGAAACUUGAAGUUCGGUGAUAGAGUCAAGCUUGCAAAAACUUUGCGCAUUGGCGAUAUCGUCGAAAGACACAUCGAAGAUGGUGAUGUUGUUCUUUUCAACAGACAGCCAUCGUUGCAUCGUUUGUCCAUCUUGUCGCAUUACGCUAAAAUCCGUCCAUGGCGUACAUUCCGUCUUAACGAAUGUGUGUGUACACCUUACAAUGCCGAUUUCGACGGAGAUGAAAUGAAUUUGCAUGUUCCUCAAACAGAAGAAGCCCGUGCCGAGGCAAUCAAUUUGAUGGGUGUGAAGAACAAUUUGCUUACGCCGAAAUCAGGUGAGCCCAUCAUUGCUGCCACGCAAGAUUUCAUUACUGGCUCAUACUUAAUUUCUCAUAAAGACUCGUUUUUCGACCGGGCUUCGUUGGUGCAGCUUUUGUGUAUGAUGUCGGAUGCAGACAUGCAGUUUGACAUUCCUCCACCUACUGUCUUCAAGCCAGUCAUGUUGUGGACUGGAAAACAGGUGUUUUCCAUGCUCAUCCGCCCAAACAAGAAGUCCAAUGUUGUGAUCAACGUGGAUGCGAAAAACAAAACGUUUAUUCCACCACCAAAGCACUUGCCAAAUGAAAUGUCGCCAAAUGACGGGUUUGUGGUGAUCCGUGGGUCUCAAAUCUUGUCGGGAGUCAUGGAUAAGUCUACGUUGGGAGACGGCAAAAAACACUCUGUGUUCUACACUAUAUUGCGAGAUUACGGACCAGAUGAGGCUGCUAAGGCCAUGAAUAGAAUGGCUAAACUCUGUGCCAGAUACUUAGGAAACCGUGGUUUCUCCAUUGGUAUCAAUGAUGUGACUCCAGGUGCAGACUUGAAGGCAAAAAAGGAGAGGAUGGUAGAGGCUGCGUAUGCCAAGUGUGACGAGUUGAUUGACUUGUACACUAAGGGAAAAUUGGAAACGCAACCGGGUUGUAAUGAAGAACAAACUUUGGAGGCGAAAAUUGGUGGUUUGCUUUCGAAAGUCAGAGAAGAGGUGGGUGAAGUUUGUAUUCGAGAGUUGGAUUCGCUUAAUGCGCCAUUGAUCAUGGCUACAUGUGGUUCUAAAGGUUCCACUUUGAACGUUUCUCAAAUGGUGGCUGUCGUGGGUCAACAGAUUAUCUCGGGUAACCGUGUGCCUGAUGGAUUUCAGGAUAGAUCAUUACCGCAUUUCACCAAAAUGUCCAAAACGCCGCAGUCCAAGGGUUUUGUUAGAAAUUCUUUUUUCAGUGGUUUGUCUCCGCCAGAAUUCUUGUUCCACGCUAUUUCCGGAAGAGAAGGUUUGGUUGAUACCGCUGUCAAGACUGCCGAGACUGGUUACAUGUCGCGUCGUCUUAUGAAGUCCCUUGAAGAUUUGUCUUCGCUGUACGACAACACCGUCAGAAACUCGUCCAACGGUAUCGUGCAGUUCACUUAUGGAGGUGAUGGUUUGGAUCCUUUGGAUAUGGAAGGUGACGCCCAGCCAGUGAACUUCAACCGUCAAUGGGACCAUGCAUACAACAUCACAUACAACCAAAAAGAGGCCAACUUACUUCCAUUCCAGAUCAUGGAUGUGGUCAAUUCAAUUUUGGCUCCUUUGGAAAACAAAUUAGUGCGGUACGAUAACUUGGGCAAUCUCAUUGAAGGUGAGAUUGGCGACCGCAUUGAGUACAUUGACCAAAAGGAUGCCGAGCGGGCAUUUUAUCAGUCGAUCCGAACUUAUGUUCAGAAAAAGGCCACUCAACUUGCCCGGCUCCGGCAGCAAAAGAAGUUGAGACCUUUCCUCACCAAACUCGAAGACGACGGUGAUAUGGUGCUAGACGAAGACCCCGUUAGCAUCAAUGCAAUCAACCAAUUGAUGAAGAUUUCACAAACAUGCGUGGAGGAAUUUUUGAAGCAGUGUCUUUACAAAUAUCUACGUGCACGUGUGGAGCCUGGAACUGCAGUUGGAGCUAUUGGUGCUCAUUCUAUCGGUGAGCCAGGUACCCAGAUGACGUUGAAGACUUUCCACUUUGCUGGUGUGGCUUCGAUGAACGUGACAUUGGGUGUUCCGCGUAUUAAGGAAAUUAUCAAUGCGGCCAAGGUGAUUUCGACGCCGAUCAUUAACACAGUGUUGGUGAAUGACGAAGACGAAGUUGCUGCUCGUGUGGUGAAGGGUAGAAUAGAGAAGACUCUUUUACGAGACGUUGCAUUUUUCGUGGAGGACGUUUACAAGAACGACAUGGCAUACUUGUCGAUCAAGAUCGACUUGAAAACAAUCGAAAAGUUGCAGUUAGAGUUGACUAUGGAUAAUAUCCGUCAAGCCAUCGCCAACGCACCAAAGUUGAAGAUCUUGAACUCCGAAGUGUCGGUUUAUGGUAAGGACCGCAUAAAUGUUCUUGUCACGUUGCGUGAAUCCAAAUCCGAAUCUUUGGCCCGUACAGCAGCGUCGGACUACAAAGCUUCUGAUGUGAACAACAGCUUGUUCUUCCGCAUGCAGCAUUUGAAACGAGCUUUGCCAGACGUGGUCAUCAAAGGACUUCCGAAUAUCUCUCGUGCCGUGAUUAAUAUCAGAGACGAUAGCAAAAAGGAGUUGUUAGUUGAAGGCUACGGAUUAAAGGAUGUCAUGAGUACCGACGGUAUUGUCGGAACCAAAACAAGCACAAACCACGUGCUAGAAGUGUAUGAAGUUUUGGGUAUUGAGGCGGCUCGUGCAUCCAUCAUUGGCGAAAUCGACUACACAAUGAGUAAGCACGGUAUGAGUGUGGAUCCUCGUCACAUCCAGUUGUUGGGUGACGUGAUGACAUACAAGGGAGAAGUUUUAGGUAUCACGAGAUUCGGUUUGAGCAAAAUGAGAGACUCGGUGUUGCAGUUGGCAUCGUUCGAAAAAACCACCGACCAUUUGUUUGACGCAGCGUUUUUCAUGAAAAACGACAAGAUCGAAGGUGUGUCGGAGUGUAUUAUUUUGGGCCAGACUAUGAGCAUAGGAACCGGUGCAUUCAAAUUGGUGAAGACAUCGCACUUCGAAGAAAAGCAUUUGAAACCAAAACCUUGCUUGUUCGAAGGUCUCUGCGAAGUCUCUGCGAUGGCAUAA